AUGGAGAGCUACGGAGAUCUGUUCAACAACAAUAAAGUCAUCUUGGAUGAUGGAAACUAUGGGUUUUGGAAGUCAAGGAUCAAAUCCAUCAUAGGAGGUAUUGAUCGUCUUGCUUGGAAGGCUGUUCUAGAAAAGUGGGAGGAACCAACGAUCAAAGAUGAAUCAGGCGAGCGAAUUCCAAAACCUGAGGCAGACUGGACUGAUAACGAACAAAAGAGAUCAAAAUACAACUCAAGGGCUUUAAGUGCAAUUCAUUGCAGUGUUGGGAGAAAACAGUUUGAGUUGAUUCAAGGGUGUGAAACUGCUAAAGAAGCAUGGGAUAUCCUUCAAAUUCAUUAUGAAGGUACAACUAAAGUGCAGAGUUCAAGAAAGGAUAUGUUGGCUUCUAGAUUUGAGAAUCUAAAGAUGGAGGAACAUGAAUCGAUCUCAGAUUUUAGUUCAAAGUUGAGUGCUCUAGCACAAGAAGCCUUAACUCUUGGGAAGACGUAUAAGGAUCAAAAGUUAGUCAAAAAGUUUCUAAGGUGUCUUCCAUCUAGGUUCAUGGGAUACAAAACAGCUUUAACGGUCUCACAAGAUUUAGAUAAUCUCAGUUAUGGUGAAGUAGUAGGAAUGCUACAGGCACACGAGAUGGAACUUAAUGGGAUUAAGAAACCAAAAGGAAUAGCUCUAGCAGUAAGCAAAGACCUAACUGAUCAAGGAGAAGAAGAUGCUGUGAGUCUGUUGGUAAGAAGAUUUGAUCGAGCUCUGAGAAGGAUAGAACAAGGUCAAGGUCAAAAGAAGAACAAUUCAUUCAAGAAGACAAGUGAAGACAAAAAGGCUGAUAUGCAGUGUCAUGAAUGUAAGGGAUAUGGUCAUUUUAUUCGAGAGUGUCCAACAAUCAAGUUACGAGAUGCCAAGUGCACAAUCUGUAAAGGGACUGGACACACACAUGAGGAAUGUGUGAGUAACUCUAAAUUCAAGAAAGAAAAGUCUAUGAUUAGCAUUGAGAAUGAGUCAGAUAGUGAUAGCAGCAGCGAAGAAGAACUCAUUAAUUUAGUAGCUAUGGUGGGAAUCACUGAAUUUGAGAAUGGGGAAGAAGUAACUGACUCAGAAUCAGAAGGAGAAGAAGUUCUUGACAUUGUUCAGAGUUACAAAGAAGUGCGAAAUACACUUAUUUCGCUAGGAAAAGAAAAUCAAGGUUUGAUUACUGAAAAACUUCGUUUAGAAGCACUUGUUAUGUCAUUACAGAAUGAAUUGGUGGAUGAGAAAAAGCUGGCUAAAGAUUCGCUAGAUCUGAUGAAAGAGAAGUUGGUCUUAUCUGCUAAAGCAGACAAGCUUGAAGAAGAGCUACUUAAAGAAAGAAAAAAAUCUACAGAACUACAAUCUGAAUUAGAUCAACAACAUAGGAAGAUUCAUAUGUUCGCAGGAACAAAGCAGCUUGACAAAAUUUUGAGCUAUGGGAGAACUGAGAAAACUCAUAGAGGAUUGGGAUUUACUGAGAACAACGGAGCUAAAUCACAGACAACCAAGUUCGUAUCUGCUGGAACCUAUCAGUCUGAGAAGGAGACAUCUUAUGGUGGUUCUAAUGGAUCCUUGAGUUGUUAUUUUUGUGGGAAAAUCGGUCACUACAAACGUUUUUGCUACAAAUAUUGGCAGAAGGUCUGUACCUUAAAGCAACAAGGAAGAUUCUUCUGGAAUGGAAUCAGAAGACAAGUUUGGAUGAAGAAAGCUGACAUAUAUCAAUCGGGAUCAAUGGUAGCUUCUGGAUCUGGGUUUAGAUGCAAUAUGGCCAUGAUUACUGAAGAACAAGAAGAAACGGAACCAAUAUGCGAUAUGGCUAUGAUCACUGAAGAACAAGAAGACACGGAGCCUUGGUUCUUUGACAGCGGCUGCUCAAGACAUAUGACUGGAACCAAGAGUAAUCUACAGAAUAUUAAGAAAUUGAAAGGAGGUACAGUAACAUUUGGAGAUGGAAGUCAUGGUUUCAUACAAGGCAAAGGUACAACACGUGAUAUAGAGCUUCCACAAUUGGUGAAUGUCUACCUAGUUCAAGGAUUGCGUGCAAAUUUAAUAAGCAUUAGUCAACUCUGUGAUGAAGGAUUGUCAGUUUUAUUCACAAAAACUGAUUGCAAAGCACUGGAUGAGUCGGGUAAUGUCAAGUUAUACGGUGUAAGAUCUGGGAACAAUUGUUACAUGUGGGAAAAACAUUCAAUCAAAUGCUACAGUGCUCGAGGAAGUAUAGAUCUAUGGCAUCAACGACUUGGACACAUGAAUACAAGAAACCUUGCUACUCUUGUGAAUAAAGAGAUAACUCGAGGAGUACCUAAGCUUAAAGGAGAAGAUAAUAUGGUGUGUGGACCUUGUAAUUAG